UUCUGCUCAACUCUUGUUCUGUUCCUUCUUCGUUUUCCCUCUCCUCGUGCUCGUGAAGUAAAAGCUGUUAGGGUUUAACGAUGAGCCGAUCGGGUCAACCGCCGGAUCUCAAGAAGUACAUGGACAAGAAGCUGCAAAUCAAGUUAAAUGCUAACAGAAUGGUGGUUGGAACACUUCGGGGUUUUGAUCAGUUCAUGAAUCUGGUUGUGGACAACACCGUUGAAGUAAAUGGCAAUGAAAGAACUGACAUUGGCAUGGUGGUCCUUAGGGGGAACAGUGUGGUUACCAUUGAAGCACUUGAACCUGUUGCCAAAACAUAGUCAUUUGCAUCACAGGAUGGUAACUUUCAAUGUAGUGUAGCUAAAGUUUACUACUUCAGAUUUUGUACCAUGAACUGAUACAAGAGUUAUCAAUUUGAAAUACAUUGAAUUGUAUUGAAGAGCAUGAUUGUUCAGUGUUAAACAGAAGUUUGGUGGAA